CUGUUCGUGCUCUCUAACGCCAAACCGAGAUAUGACGGACUACGAUGAUCGCGGUAACUGCGGGUCCAAUAUGUAUUUACCGAACUGCACGUACUAUGUUUCGGCGCCUGAUUUCUCGACUGUGUCUUCGUUUUUACCGCAGUCCACAUCGUGUCAAGUUAAUUUUCCAUACUCUUCCAAUAUAGCUCAAGUCCAACCUGUUCGAGAAGUGGCUUUCAGAGACUAUGGACUGGAUCACCCGAGCAAAUGGCAUUACAGGGGCAAUUACGCUUCCUACUAUUCAACGGACGAGAUAAUGCACCGAGAUUUGCUCCAGUCAUCAAACAGGGCGGAAAUGAUAUUUAAAAACGAGUCUGUGUACAGUCAUCACGGCGGCACGAACUCCGCGUGCAAUUUUUUCACUAACGUCGGCCGAAACGGAGUACUUCCUCAAGGCUUUGACCAAUUUUUCGAAACUGUUAACGGUGGAAAGCCCAACCCCGAGUCGUCCAGACAAAAGACUGAGCUUACUGUCCCCGGAGAUGCCGCAUGUAAUAAAGUGUCCUCAGAUAGCGCGGAUCAGACGAAAAGAGACGCUGAAACCACAGAGGAAGAAUCUUCACUAUCAACAUGCGAACAAGAAGGGAAGAACAGCGGUUCAAGUACAAAGUCCCGAAAAAAGAGGUGCCCGUAUUCAAAAUAUCAGAUCCGAGAACUUGAACGAGAAUUCUUUUUCAACGUGUACAUAAAUAAAGAGAAGCGGCUCCAGUUGUCAAGAAUGCUAAACCUUACAGACCGACAAGUAAAGAUCUGGUUCCAGAACAGAAGGAUGAAAGAAAAAAAACUCAACCGAGAUCGUCUCCAGUACUUCACUGGAAACCCUUUAUUCUAAAAUCAUUAGUCUAUUUUAGCAGACCAUGUUCGUGGCUUUCACCGAGUCAUGAUUAUGUAUGUUAGAGGGACAUUAUGCAUCCAACCGAAACAGAUACGCAAGCUAAACUGUGAGGUCUGAUGCAUACUUUUAACUAUGCAAAAAAUUUUGGUAGCCUAUUACAACAAUGAACUCUUACCUCUGUGAAAAUUAUAUCCGUAACAAGCAAACAUUCUAAAACAGAAUGGUACCGAACGGUCGACAAUCUUUUCUUGUUUUGUUGUUUAAUUGUGAUUGCUACAGAAACGUAAUCGUAUUGUAUCUUUUUUUAUUUAUUACAAUUUACAUGGUACAAGGCUACGUAACUCACUACGAUUGCAGUAAGCAAAACAAAGUUUGAUUACAAUAAUCAAUGCGUGUUUCCAUUAGUGUAGAAUUGUGUAUGCAUUUGUUUCAGUAGCAUGGCGUGUAUUGGUGUAGUAAAUAAAUAUGAAUAUUCCAGAAUUCUUUGAACUUCUUUUAAGUAAUAGCUUGUAUUUUGUGUGAGAGAAUGUGCUUGACGUUAUAUUUUUAUUAAAGCUAUUUGUUUUUAAACAUAUUAAAAGCAGAAAUGUGCAUGUAAAUUACUAAACAUAUUCUUUAAAUAAACUUCUUUACA